UUCUCGUAGCAGCGGCGCCAGCACGUUCAAACAGGGGAUGGCCGCCGCGUCGUGUUAGGGGCUGUUAUUUUUUCUAGUAUUGCCUUCCCAGUGAGUCCCACGGCUAGUACUCCUGCAUACUAACCCAGCACACGGCGGGCACGGCAGCGGGGCACGUGUGGGCAAGUGACAGCCUCCGGGGACACUUCCUGGACAGUACUUCUAUUUUUGUGGCCAUCCAGCACAGCCCCAGUGAUAAUGGCCCAGGCCUCAGCCAUCCCCGGGCCGUCCCAAGCCUGCAGCACCAGCAUGGACGAGUACUCCGAUGAGCAGUUUGUCAGGGUCGUGGCAAGCAUUUGGGACAUGAGGAUAAACGUUCAGGAUCUGCACCAAGCCAAGCCUGAUUUGGUACAAAAGAUAUACCUCAACUUCCUGAAGGAUAUUGGAGUCAACCUGGAGAAGUACAACCAGAUCCCGCCCCAGCUGCUGGACACCAUUCAGUUCCCCGAGGAGUACAUGGGAGCCCUGCGAAUCACAAUGAUGGCGGUAGACAUCCGGAAGUGCUUCAAGCUGAUCUUUGAGGACGACACGUUUAGGCAGGUGGAUCUCUUCAACCCUAAGCCUAAGAGGAGCAGGAGAUUCUUCGCACUGAUCUAUGACUUCUUGGUGUUCACGGACAGCGUGUUCAAGGAAGUGGAGGAGCGGGAAGAAAAGGUGGGUGCCCUCGCUGAGCAGCGGGACAAGAUGAGGGCCAAGCUACACAAGAUGAAGCAGCAGAUCCAUGAGAGGAGGAUGGAGAACGAAAAGAAUCAGCUGGCGAAGGAAGAGGACAUGAGGAGAGUUGAAGCCAAGACGGAGGAGCUGCAGAGGUGCCAGGAGGAGAAGCUAGCUCUGAAGGCCCAGCUUGAUGCACUGGGACUCUCUCUGGCCAAGCUGGACAUAGCCAUAAAGGACACUGAGCUCAGGACCAUGGAGGCUGGCAGUGAGAAGCAGAGGCUGGAGGGCCUUGUGAUCCAGGCCAGCGAGGAACAGGAGAUCAAGAAGAGGGACGAGAAGUUGGCAGUGCUCAAGGAGGACAACCAGAAGAAGAAGGAUCAUCUGGCCCAGCUGCAGCAGAGAGCCAGCUUCAUCAAUACAACCAAGGAGAAACUGGACAAGCUCAUAGCAAUGCUGCAAGAGAUCCAGCAGGAAAAGUCAAAGGAGAACGGCAGCAAUAUUGCCGAACUUCAGGAGGAGAUCAAGGACCAAGAACAGAGUAAUCUGCAAUUAACUCAGCAGCUCACAGCCUCAGAAACCAAGCUGCAACACAUCCACCAGGCGUGGGACCUCAAGCAGGACAGCCUCAACAAAGAGAUCAAGGAGCAGAAACAGGUUCUCGAGGACCUGGAGCGCAACCAGACGGAGCAGGACAUUGUGUGCAAGGAAGUGAGUGAUGACGUGGCUGACCUGGACGGGCAGAUCAGACAGUCCAUGGAGGAUAUCCGUAACAACAACAUCAUGAUAAAGAACAACUACAAGCUUAUCCUCGAUGCUAUGGAGGAAGGCAACGUUGAGCUGAUGUCUGCCCUCACUGAGGCCACCAAGUGUGUGGAGGAGUUUAGGUCUGCAGAGUGACUCCAGUCCUCAGGCGGGCCAAGGCUUCAGAGGAUACCAGGCUGAGGAUCAAUGGGGAUUCAGUUCUUACUUCCGGACUUUAUAUUUUCUAAGGCUUAUGGAUUUACGCCUUUAUAUUUCCUAAGGCUUACGGUUAUACUAUAGUGUUACGUAGUGUUGUCGGGAGCAUUUAUUGGUGCAGCAGUUACUUGCAUCCUGAGUGUUGCAGGGUGUGGCUGUUACUCUGCACUCGUGUACCCAGGCAGGUUUUUACACACCUUUUCAGGCACUUGUGUACCCAGGCAGGUUUUUACACACCUUUUCAGGCACUUGUGUACCCAGGCAGGUUUUUACACACCUUUUCAGGCACUUGUGUACCCAGGCAGGUUUUUACACACCUUUUCAGGCACUUGUGUACCCAGGCAGGUUUUUACACACCUUUUCAGGCACUUGUGUACCCAGGCAGGUUUUUACACACCUUUUCAGGCAAGGUAUUUUGCUUUCAUAUCUUCACCUUAGUUUCAGGAUGUCAUUUUCACCUUUUGUAGAUUUUUUGUAUAUUGCAAACAUUUAUUUUACUAAACUUCUACAAAUUUUGGUGAUUUUCCUUCCAUACUCUGUCUUUCACUACAGUGGUAAUAUAUGUAUAUCUCCAUAGUAAAACUCUAAUGCUAAUAA